AUGUCAGCAAUUAAACGUUUUUUUUCAAGUCAUAAAACAUCAUCAAAUUCAAAGGUUAAUAAUAGUCAACAUCAUGAAAAUCAAACGUCACAAACUAAAUUAUCAAAUAAUAUUGCUGUUGGUGGUGAAAAAUUAAUAGUAACAAAUGAAACAGUUGAGCAAGAAGAAAUUAAAGAGAAUAUGGUUCCACCAACAUUUUCAACAACAGAAAUACAAAUAAAAUCGGACAGUAUUCCAUCACCAACAUCACCAGAAAUAGUAUCAUCAAAUAAUAAUGAAGAAAAAAAAUCAACAAAAUCUUCAAGUUGGACAAUUGAAGAUUUUGAAAUAGGUAAUUUACUGGGACGUGGUCGAUUUGGUUAUGUUUAUUGUGGUCGAGAAAAACAAACACGUUUUGUUGUUGCACUUAAAAUAUUAUUUAAAGCUCAAUUAAAAAAUUCUAAAAUGGAACAACAAGUUAAACGUGAAAUAGAAAUUCAAUCAAAUCUUAAACAUCCGAACAUUCUACGUCUCUAUGGAUUCUUUCAUGAUGAACAAAGAAUUUAUUUAUUACUUGAAUAUGCACCCGGUGGUGAAUUGUAUCGACGUAUGCAAACAGAAAAAAUUUUACGUGAAAAUAUCAAACCAGAAAAUAUUCUCAUUGGAAAAUAUGGCAUUUUAAAAUUAGCGGAUUUUGGUUGGUCUGCAGAAAGUACAUCGACAUGCAAACGAACAACUCUUUGUGGUACAUUAGAUUAUUUACCACCUGAAAUGCUUAAUGGAAAUGGUUAUGAUGAAAAAAUUGAUCUUUGGUGUCUUGGUGUUCUUACUUAUGAAAUGAUUAUUGGUAAACCACCAUUUGACAGUCAAACUCAACAUGAAACAAUUCGAAUGAUACGUUCAAUUGAAUUGACAUUUCCAACAGGAACAUCAGCAGAUCUUCGUGAUUUAAUUACAAAAUUACUUCGUCGAAAUCCAACUGAUCGAUUACCUUUGAAAGAUGUCGCACAACAUAUAUGGAUAGUAAAAAAUGCAGAUAUAGCUGCUAUUGAAGAAAGCUAUGUUAAACGAAAGAAAACGUUAAAUAGAGAAAAUUAA